GCACGUGCAACAUCAGUUGGUACGAAAUGUAAACAAACAAGGCAGUAAAUAAAUUAAUUAAAUUAAAAAACAAUGCCAAGGAAACCGAGCAGCAGUGACUCCGAUUCGGAGGAUGACGCACAGAUGCGUCAGUUCCUGGAGGCGGCAGACACCACCCUGCUCACGAAUGCCAUGUUCCAGACGGCGGAUAAAGAGGAGCAGCCGGUGGCCACCGGGAAACAGGAUGUUAAGCCACCACCAACCAAAAGCGAACGCUAUGUGGAGGAGCAGGAAGCGCCCGCCAGCGAUCUCCAGAUCACGCAGGAAAUGCAAACGCACAUCUGGAGCAGACUGAGUGGCAUAAUCCAGAAGAAAAUAGAGUUCUCCUCCCUGGAAAAUCCUAAUCUCGCGGAGAAACAGAAACAGAAGCCUCCGCCCGACCGGGUGAAGCUGGUGUCCAAUGCCGAUUGCUACUUGAUCGCUGAUCUGGUGGAGGAAGGUCCUCCGGGUCCCCAAAAGAAACCCAACAUCAAGAGACGCACGCCCAAGGAAGACCAAUCCUCGCCAGAAUCCCUGGACUCCGUGGCAGUCACUGGGGAAUCCCUGCUCGAGGGCAAGGACCUGCUCGCCUGGGCCCAGAAAAAGCCGCGCCAGGACAAGAUCUUCCACUACAGAGCCAGCGAUCCGAAGGCCACCAAACUAGUGGCCAUUGAAGCCACCAACGAGUUCACCAAGCGAAGGCGUCAAAACAAUUGGAACGAGUCCAAGAUUGGCAAAAGGAAGGCCAAGAAAUAAAUAUGGUAAAUGGAGCUAUUUAAUUCAUAAAACUGGAGAUCCUAGUCUAGAUGUAUACAAAACUUUUAAGGUUUCAAAAUAUCCCUUUUGUGGGAUAUCUGUUUUUGCUUCAAUAUA